AUGGCGACGCUGAGCCAGGACGACAUGGAGAAGCUCUUCUCCGGCGCGCCCCAGUACUUUGCCCGCAACGACGGCCCCUUCAUCGCCGUCCCCAACCCCUCGGUCGCCUUCCCCUUUGACGAGAACCUGCAGAUCCGCGACCUGACGGACCACUGCCAGAUCGAGGCCAGGGCGUGGAGCGGCGUCACCGCCCAUCCGCACCUCACCCGCGACCGCAAUCACGAUGCCGCCGCCGCCGCCGCCGAGCGGCACGCCCACUUCUUUGUCCGCUGCCGCGAGCGCCCCAACAUGCUCAGCUUGCAGGGCCUCGAAAAGGGCACCAUGGGCUAUCAGGCUGCCCUCGAGCUCGGCGUCAGCGACGCCCUUGAGGAGGAGCAGUUUGGCUUUGACAGCAUCGGCAAAAAGGCCCGCGCCAUUGUCGAUGCACGCGAGCGCAUGCUCAACGGCGAUGGCUGGCUGCAUCGCAUCCCAGAGGCCGAGCUCUUGGGCCGCUUGAAGCGCAACGGCGAGCUCUACCGGAACAACGAUCUCAAGAAGCGCCGGUCUACCGAGUCCUACAAUGACUUGUUUGGCCACUUUAUGCGUCCGCGCUACAUUGCCCUCGACAAAAAGGACAGCCACAGCCUGACUAACCAGAUCGUCGCCCUGCUUAAGUGUCUCGGCUCCGACAAUGUCUGGAUCGACCUGUCUCACGUCGAGUGGCGCAUUCGUCUUGGCCAGAUUCUCUGGGGCGAACCGCAUGGAGACCGUCUGAACGGCGAUUCCAGCAUACACAAUAUCGAAUGUGCCGACGAAAUGGCCGAGGAGAAAUACUGGCUUCUGCUUCAGAUCCUCAUGGCUACCGAGCUUCUCAUUCGGCUCGAUGCUGUCACGCAGGGCGAGGAAUACGGCGCCGGAGCUUUUCGAGCCAUUGACAUUGUCCAGUUUGAGCGCGCCGCCAACUCGACUGUGAAAUGGUCUCUGCUGCUUGCUCGCAGCUGGCUUGAUAAUAUUGAAAUUGUCGCAGACGCCGAGUCUACUCAGGACGACGCGUUCAAAGAAGUGCCGCCAAGCCAUGACGAAACCCUUGUGCAGACUAUCAAGACCAAAAGCGCCAGCUGGCUUGCCGCCAUUGCGAGCCAUAUGCCUUUCCACCACCACGGCCAAAACCACAUGACAUCAGCCUAUCCCGCACGUCACUAUGUGAUCAGGGGGAGAAACGGACAGCGCCAAGUCGACGGACUAAUUCACUUUGCCAAGAAGCUGAGGUGGCCGGGCAUCGAAGAUUACGAGGCUCGCAUUACUACUCACAUGCGAGAAGCCGUGCAAAAGAGACCCGACACCUCCAUGUGCGACUGUGGAUACGACGCGAAAACCAAAGGAGGCGGCAAAGACGACUACUUUGGGACUUGGGACGUCACUUGCCAGCGAGGCAACCACAAGGAGCGAGCCAGAGCCCGACGCAGACGACUCGCGGCCGCCUUGCACCCAUCUGGGUGGAUGUCCAAGUCGUACAUCUUUGGCCUGAUGCUGCCAGGCGAUGGGCUAUCCCACUUUCUCAUGGCCACGUUGCUGGAAAAUGAUGACAUUGCCAUGAGCAAGCUCGGGUCCUUUGCCAAUCUUUGCGGCGGAUUCGUCUACUCUGGCAUGAGUUUCUGGAGCACAUCGUGCAUCGUCGGCCGCGUGCUCGCCGCUGGCAAGGGCUCUGCAGAAUGCAUGGGCUGGGUGUCGACAGAUAUUGUACCCACGGGUGUGGCAGAAGGCUGGCUAAAUAUUGACGUUAAGGAUGUGCCUGACGAUGUUGCAAAUUUGGGUAAAAAGUCCAGAAUUUGGGCAAAACGGCGCCUCGAGCGGGAUUCAUCCAUUGUGGGCGACGGAGAUGAGGACUCGGCUUCCCCGGCCGACUUUACGAUGCCUUGGGAAAAUCGAUACAAAACCCCGCCGCCCAACGUAUACGUCGAUUUUGCGUCUUUGCAGCUAUCUCCGUCAGCUCUAUCGCUGCAUCCCACGCCUCUACCCGAGAUCAUGGCCACUCCUCGGCAUGAGUCGGCACCGGCGCCGGAUCUCUUCUCUCAGCCGGCUUCGCUUACGUUCCGAGUUGGCAUUGACGGAGUCCCUGAAAGGCAGCAUAUUUUUUCUCUAUUGCACGACGUCAACUUUGUCAAUGCUCACCCCUGUUCGCCACCACGCGGUGUGCGAUUUGUCAAGUCGCCGUCGAGCCCGACCAUUCGCGAAAUUGACGUGUCUGGAGGAGCAUCCCUCGGCAACGCAUCACGCGCUUUGCAUCGAAUGGGCCACCCCUUGCACAAGUUUUACAACUACAAAGUCAUGCACAUCUCCGAAGUCAUUCAAAAGAAGCAGCUCCCCCUCUCGGCGCUCCUGGGCGCCGGCCACCCCGACAACAAGGCUCCCGGCAACGCCGUCCUCGUCAUUGACUGCAUGACGCAGAUUGUCGAGCUGCCGCAAUCGCCCGUGCUCGAGCGCCUCGUCUCGCCAUCGACGGAGCGGGCGCCCGGCUUCUCUUUUGCCGCGCAGAUGCACUACGCUUCGCACAAGCGGCAGUCGGGCUCUGAUUUGGAAAUAUUGGUGCGCAGCCUGUGCUCGGAGCAAGGCUGGAACGCCAUCGUCAGCCGCCGCAAACGAGGCUGCCUCGCAUGCGCCAUUCGCGAAGCGGGUGCGCUAGGCUACAAGGUCAUUGUGCGCGUGGACUGA